CGGGCUCGCGUCUGCGUUUUGUGUCCGUGGUUUGCGGUCUCUUGGAUCAGAAAACAUGAAGGCUAAAACUAAAAAGAGCGCCGUGUGGGACCAUUUCGUCCUUGAAAACGAUAUGGUCCGAUGCAACAUGUGCAACACAUUGUUAAAGUAUUGCGGUGGCACCAGUACGAUGAAGUAUCACCUCGACAACAGACAUAGGAACAUGGGCCUGCGGUCCAAAAGGGCUUCUUGGCGGAGGGCUGUGUCUGCAGGGGAGAUAACACACAAGCAAACGCUUCCCCUCACUUCUAGUUUAACCGAUGAACAAAAACACCAGUUCUGUGCUUUACUGGGUGAUGCUGAACUGACUCUUCUCUACAAAGCUUCUGUUCAUGGAUAUGAUACUACAACCUUCCAUCAGCGCUGUGACCGUCAGGGUCCAACCUUACUUGUAGCCCACAACAAAUCUGGCUUCACAUUUGGAGGAUACACUAGUGUAGAUUAUGCUCAAAGUGAGCAGUACAUUGCUGAUGAGGAGGCUUUUCUGUUCAACUUUCAAGGCAAGAUUCCCGUGUGUAUCAAAGUUAACAGUGGCCAUCAUGCGCGUCUCGAUGACUCCGGAGGGCCCAGCUUUGGUCAGCAGCUGAACUUUUGCUAUGACAACAAACCGCUUGUUUGUAAUCAAGAAGGCUUUUCGUACAGUUUUAAUACUGAGACUUUGUAUGGAAACGACACUGAGCUUUGUGAAUGUGAGAUUUAUAAAGUGAAAAAACGUAAGUCAGUCAUUAAACAAUUUAUUAUUUUUAUUUUAUGUUUUUAACGCCGUGGCAUUAACUUAUAAUAUAUCUUUUUAAUGCUAAAAAGCUUUUU